CUACGAGGAAAACAGGAAGACAGCUCAGGCAUCCUGACAGAAACCAGUUUUACACCCUUGUGUGGAGUCUGUGUAUGUCUGCAUUGCGAAAGUCAAAUCCGCGACCCGUAUUCGCCGCUUUGGAGGAGUGCGGGUGUGGAUCGAAGCGGGAGCCAGAGACAGAAUACGCCAUUAAGGCGUCUUAUUGGUAGAAGAUCGCUGCGCACAUGUAAACAGAGGAGCAUACAGCUGUGCACACAUAAAUACAGACCACCAUUGCAUAGGCUGCAGGACGCGCACGGUGCAUAGCAAGAAACUGGGAACUGCUAUCUUUUUUCCAUUUGGACUUAAGGACUUGAACGGAGAAGGAGCCAACUGUUUAUCAGAUAACGUGAAUUUGGAGGAUACACCAUACGCUGGCCCAUUCGUCCCUUCUCGCCCCCCUGAGAAAAAAAAACUGCUUUGCCAGCAGCUCAGGUUAUAUCAGCUGGUGUUUAAGUUACCCGGCCGCGGCGCUUUCUAUGCAUGGUGUAGGAAAGGGUUGAACUAACCUCCCUGCUCACAUGCGCCCGUCGUUUAUCAUCUCAUGCUCUUCUAGACCUUUAGGGGAGUCUUUACUGCAUUCGUGCUAUCUUUCUGUCAUCUAGUCUAAUGCCUUGCAUUUUAGUGUUACGCAUUUUUAACUUAAAUCAACUUGAGUAAAGAACAAUGUUAUAAUCUAUUAUUAUGUUGAGUAUUGUCGCUAUCUGAGGUAGCUUAGUAAAUCUGUGUGCAUAAACUAAUAUUUUGCUUGCAAAUUAGCCUACAGUAUGAAGCUUUGUUGUCCACCUGUUCUGUCCUUUGAUUCCUAAAUUUUACAAAUUUAUUUUUAUAAAUAUGUGUUGAAUAGCAGUAAUGAAUACCAUCUGGAACAUUGUUUCUUAAAACCGACAUUUAUUUGAAUGCUUAUGUGGUCUCUAAUGAGAGUAAAUGACUGCUUUGUCUUACGUCUUGCAGCUCCAGAUUUUUAUUCACCUGCAGUAUUUCAGCUAGUUGUUAUCUGAGUCAUCACUAUUAAUUUGAAUUAAAACUGAUUAAUCUGAUCAAGAAUUUUACAGUUUAUGACGCCUGGAUUUUCUGCAUGUCCCACAUCUGGUUAACCGAGCAGCUGGAGAAGGACUUUUUCAGCAAAACACAAGAAAGAGUGACUCGUGCUCCUACCAUUGACGGAUAAUCAGACGAGUUCGGAUACCGUAUCCCUACAUAUUCUCGUUCGUCCGCGCAAAUAUUUUUCUCUGCACCAUCUUGACUUGACUCUGUGGAGCAGGAUCUCAAUGGCGCAACAGCAGAUGCCAAGUUCUCAGAAAGCUCUCAUGUUGGAGCUGAAGUCUUUGCAGGAGGAGCCAGUUGAGGGAUUUCGCAUCACAUUAGUAGAAGAGUCAGACCUGUACAACUGGGAGGUGGCAAUCUUUGGACCACCUAACACACUCUAUGAAGGGGGCUAUUUCAAGGCUCACAUCAAGUUCCCUAUAGAUUACCCCUACUCCCCCCCAACCUUCAGGUUUCUUACUAAGAUGUGGCACCCUAAUAUCUAUGAGAAUGGCGAUGUAUGUAUUUCAAUCCUGCACCCACCUGUGGAUGAUCCCCAGAGUGGGGAGCUGCCAUCAGAGAGGUGGAACCCUACCCAGAACGUCAGGACUAUUCUUCUGAGUGUAAUCUCACUGCUGAAUGAGCCCAACACUUUCUCACCGGCCAACGUAGAUGCCUCCGUGAUGUUCCGCAAAUGGAGGGACAGCAAGGGCAAGGAUAAGGAGUAUGCUGAAAUAAUCAGGAAGCAAGUUCUGUCCACUAAAACAGACGCCGAGCGGGAUGGAGUCAAGGUUCCCACCACGCUGGCUGAGUACUGCAUCCAGACCAAAGUGCCUUCCCACGACAGCAGCUCUGACUUGCUCUAUGAUGACCUGCAUGACGAUGACAUUGAGGAAGAGGAUGACGACGAUGAUGGGGAGGCAGGAGGGACUGGUGGAGAGAACAGUGGAGAGGGUGCUGACUGUUACAAUGACGAUGAGGACUUUGGCAACGAGGAGUCCUGACCCCCCACCCCCCCCCCUUGGCUUCUUCAUCCCCUCAAUACCUCCUCCUCGCAUUAAUGUUCCUGUUCAGAUGCCCUCUCCAUGAAUAUGUCUUUGCACAAAAGCAUGUGUGUCCCUGUAUGUCUCCUCCUUCCUUGUUCACACUCUUCCUCGUGUCAGUCAGUGCUUUUUUUUUGUUGCAUAAAAGAAUCCAUGCACUUUCAGAACCACAUCAUUUCAGAACCUUCCUCCCAAAAGCACCAUUUGCAGACGAGUGUAGCAUUAUCGCGAAGUAUCAAGAACGCGCAACAAGAGCAUUCCCAGAUGUCCCUGCUAAAUCACACCAAAUCAGUAAUGUCAGACCUAAACCCAGCAUUGACAGAACGUUUCUAAUAGACAAUCUUCUGCUUUCGGUUGGUGAGAUGGGCUUGUCCUGUAGUACUACAAUAUGACCUUUCUUUCUAAAAUGAAUCAUUUGCUCAUGAUUUCUGAAAGGAAUCAUUUGCUCAGGAUUUCUGAAACAAAUCAUUUGCUCACAAUUUCUGAAAUGAAUUAUUUGCCCAUGAUUUCUGUACUUAUCAUAUCGAACCAUCCCACACUGAACUUUGCUCUACAUAAAGGCAGCAGCACUAUCUGCCAGACCGUUAACGGCCAUCUUGCCCCACGAAAAGAUCCUUACACUUGAAGUCCUGUCUGCAGGUGUGAACUUGAUUUACCGUGUCACUGACUGUCAGGAUGCAGAACAGAAUCAGGGUCUAAGAAUUCUUCAGAUAUAUCCUGCAGCUCAUUACUUUUUUAUUUUCUGUACACUGAUUUUUGAAGCUUGAACAAAAUGUUCCUUUGUGAUGAACAUAUGUGUUUUUCUUUGGAGAAAGUAAGGGCUUUGCAUGCAUAUUUCAGAGUACUGCUUGACUGGAUGUAUAAAUGGAUAUCAGCUAUUUUUUUGUUUCCCUUUUUUUAAAUUUUUAAAUACUUGCUCAGAUACUUGCUCAUGUUAUCUGUGCUUGCGCCAUGUGCCCAGCCUCCUCGCAAAUAUGUUCCUCUCCUCUCUACAAGAGGAAUGUUUCACAGCCUGCCGUUGAUGGCGCGGGAAGAGAGGACUCAUCUUCCCUCAGCUUUGGGACGACAGAGCAGGAUUCCCUGUCAGGGAUGUGGACGUGCGGAAACGACCUGCUAGUGAUCACUGCCUGCUCAGUGGACGCACAGAACGCCUGACCUCUCAGGGUCAAGCAGGGGGCGAGAGUGCAGCAUCACAGUGCAACUGCGUACCUGCUUGCGAAUUAACAUAACAUUUUUUUAGUAGCCGCAACCUUCCAAAAGCUCCAUAUACACAACUGCAAAUUGUAUUUUUUACAAACCCAGCAUAGGGUAAACAGGUAGCACAGCCUCUUUCGGUUCUGAAGGCGGCUUGAUGCAAGUAUUGGAUUCCACGUGCCAGUUCUCUACCUGUUCCAUCACAUGUGUCUGGGUCACAUUUUUCUACAUCAAGAGCGGCAACUAAUAUGAUAUGGGUCUGGGAAACGGCAGUUCAUUGCUUUUGUGUCUUUAAAUUGUGACCUUCAAAAAUCUAGCUGUUGUGAAUGUGAUUAAUAUUGAGGUGCAUGAAAGACGUGUGAGGAAGUAAUCAGACAACUGCUGGACCAUGAGUGUGGAGAGUUAUGGCCUUUGGAGAGGCAGGUUUCAGAACACAGUGUACAUGUGAGCAAAGAAGCUUCCUUGGUAUAUAGGUUCUGGAGCAGCGUGUACUGCUUAAGGAGCAGCUUCAUGGAGUUUCCCAACAGCAUUUUACAGUCAUGAAUUGUUGUAUCAAAAUCAGAACAGGUCGAUAUGUUUAAUCUGCUCUCCCGCUUCUGAUAACAGAUAAGAAAACCGUACGCACUAUUAAACCAUUAAAUAAUAUUUAAGUGAUGCUAGGGGGUUAUACGCAAUUGAUACCAAAAUAUUGUGUAGUUUUUCCAUCAUCAUUACCUGUUGUUUUGUGAGGAAUGAGACAAUUGAUGAAAAUAACUUGCUGCAAUAAUGGAAUACUUUCAACAUGUCAUGAAACAAAAGUGUAGAAGAUUGCACUUGAGUUACUUAAUUUAUUUAAUCGAGCCUGCUGGUGAGAUGGUCUCUCCUUUAAAAUCUACAGGAAAGCAAUAACUUGUCCGUGGUGUAGCUAGAACCUAUCCAAUGUACUAUUGGAUUGCUGAUCUGAAGAUAAAAGCAUUGUAGCAAACUAGAAUAAUUCAGUGUGGUUGCCCCAGAUAUAGAAUGGGCAUUGCACAGUCAGUCAUGUAGGUGUGUCCAUCCUCUCACCUGUGGCAAUUUUUCACUGUAGUAUAACAGGUACUGAUGUGGACCAAACUAGGUUUGGAGGUGUUUGUCAUUAUGCUUGUGAAUCACUAGUACAGCCGAAGAUACUGGCGGAAUCGCGGCAAAUAAUACAGGAAACGGUGAUAAGUAAGAAAUGCUUGUUCAGUGGUACUGGAAAAACUCUGGACUUACACAGAUGGUGAAAUGAUUUCACAAAAUCACCUUGUAACACAGCACAUUGUUUAGCAGACCCCUCUUAUUUACUCAGCAAAAUGAAUGUUUGUAUAGAAAUCGUCAUAUUUGUGGAUUUUAUUUUGGUUUUGGUCUAAUAAAUUAAUGAGGAUAACUAAAACCGAUGGCAUAAAUGCAAUUUAAAUCUAUUUCGCUCUGCUAAAGUUCCCAUAAGCCAGUGCUUUCUGUCUUGUAAAGCAUGAUUAUGGAAAAAAACACAAGCUGUUUUACCCCCCAUUGGUCACGUGUGUAGCUCUAGAGUGCAAAUACAGAAUUAUUUCCUAUGUAAAACCCCACAACUGCUCCUCAGUUACAGGCACAAUGUGUAACCAUAUGGUUGGAGUAUAGAUAACUAUGUAUAUGUGCACCAUUCUCUGGGAAAUCGCCAUUGCAUCCGUAUUCACGUCAGUGACCCAAAUGCAGCAAAUGAUAGUAGAGUACUUUAAGAUUUUUACUGCUGUCGAAGGAACUUCCUCAUAUUUCAGCCUUCCUUUUUGAGAAGCGCUGUAGUUGGUUUUGUGUGUCUAAGAAGAGCACGCCCUGUUUAGUGUGCAGGUCAUGUGACUUCUGUGUCCGCACUCUGUAACACUCCAAGCCGAUUUUAUUUUUGUUAAAUAAGUGAACAGAUGGUAUUUGUCAUGAAAUGCGGAUUAGAAGGGGCACACGAAAGAGCUACAAGUUUAAAUGUAGGAAGUUUAUAUUCAUCUGUCUUCAUCCUAAAUGAUAUUCAUGAUGACUUUCUUAUGUUGUACACUGCUUAGGUCAUUUUUAGUUUUGAUUUUAUCUUCUCUGGGCAAUCUGCAUUUCUUUAAUUCCUUAAUUUCUUUCCGUCUUUCUUUGUCUCACACUGUAGAUUUGUCUCUUUGCAUCGAUUUAAUGACAAAUAUUAAUGUGAAAUAAAGUGUGCUGUGUGAUUGAUAUAA